GGCUCAAGGUGAGAUGAUUCGUCCCGACUUGUUUGAAGGGGACACUUCCAAAGUUGAAGACUCCACAGACGAGUGAGCUGUCGUUGAUCGCUCUGGUGCUUGACCAUCAUGGCGCCAGAGCUGGAAGCUGAUAUCACCAACAGCCUUUUCGAGGAUGCUCGAACAUUGUCGCAGAUGAAGCGAAGCCGCAUCGAUUUGAACCGAAGGUAUGUCUUCUUGUGUCCCACUGCUCUCAGCAAGCACUUCGAGGCCUUACCAUUGCCGGCCAAAGAGGCGGCCCUCUUGGUCUUCCGUUGCAACCGGAAUUUCGUGUUCAAAGAUCCGCCCGCGGUACGAAAAUCGCGACUGCAAGCGCGUGUGGAGUGCGGAAAUACUACCGUCAAGCACUCUGCCCCGGUGAAGCCGGGUCUCCGCGCGCUCUACAAGUCUGAGUUCUCAGAUGGAUUUCUGCAGUGGGUCCUUAGCAAAGAGAAGGAGGGCUGUGUGUUUUGGUUUAAGCCCGGACGAGACCUAGAAAAGUUGUCAGCCUUCUUUGAAGAAAAGAUUGAUCCCAUGGAUGAGUUGCCGUACAGGCCUUUGCUGUUGGAUGCCAUGUGGUGGCGUGUCCGCUUCGACCGGACGAGUGCAAGAUAUGUGGGAAACCCACGGGGCAUCCUCGCAGCCAUUGCCGCCUUCCAUAUGUGCAGUGAAAAGGAUAGAGACAUUGACCUGGCAUCUUUGCAGGAGUUGAUAUUUCAGAGCAAUCCGACCCUGGAGCCCGUGGUGAAAUGGCCACAUGCACCGUCCAUGCGUUUUCUCCCGGCCACUGUGGAUUCCGACUUUGAGUACAAAGGCUACAUCGAGGGCAAUCCCAGGCGCCCAGGUUUGAAAGGCGAGUCCGUCUUGGAGCGCAUCCAGCGGUGGCCGGAGAAGCCGAAAGACCGAUUGGACAAUUUGCACCACCACUGGCAGGUGCAGGAUCUUUCCCGGAAGUUCUUUAGCAUUGCCGGCAGUACAGCGGUCAGCCGCUCCGGCGCUCUUUCUGCUCGAUGAAGCUUUCGGACUGCUUAGCGGCAAGUGAGUCUCUGCCGCAUGCAAUGAUUCUCUGGAAAUGCCACGCUGGCACUGCUGCGUAAAAUGGCAGCAUUGACCGGAGUCCAAGUUGGAUUUGUCUCUGACUUCAGGAACCUAUUUCAUUGAUAUUUCAUUGUAUUUCAACUAGCCGCUGUGAAGUCCCUAAUUCAGAGAGAGAUCCAAAUGUGUAGGCAGGAUCUGCGAUUUGCGCCUCAAGAAGAGGCGUCCAAAGUCAAGAGCACUGGAGAAAAG